AUGGGGCGAUCUGGGAAAUUGCCCUCUGGCUCUUCUGCCAAGCUGAAGCGCUGGAAGAAGGGCCAUAGCAGUGAUUCCAACCCCACAGGCCGGCGGCACCGGCAGGCUGCUCGCAGCCGCUUCUUCAGCAGGCCCUCAGAAAAAAGUGAUCUAACUGUUGAUGCUCUCAAACUGCAUAAUGAGCUACAAACUGGGCCUCUGCCUUUGGCCAGGGGAGAGAAGGCUCGUUCCCUCAUGGAAGAUGAAUCAGACCCAGUGCUUUCAGAGAAAUCUUCAGGCACUUUCCUAAGUGGCCUUUCUGACUGUACCAAUGUCACCUUUAGCAAGGUACAACGCUUCUGGGAGUCCAACUCAGCUGCUCACAAGGAGAUCUGUGCAGUUCUGGCUGCUGUCACAGAAGUGAUCCGUUCCCAGGGAGGGAAGGAGACUGAAACGGAAUACUUCGGUGCACUGAUGACAACAUUAGAAGCCGUGGAAUCCACAGAAUCUCUAGCUGCUGUUGUUUAUUUGCUGAAUCUGGUUAUGAAGCGGGUUCCUAGCCCAGUGCUCAUUAAGAAAUUCUCUGAUACCUCCAAAGCCUUUAUGGGUAUUCUGUCUUCUCAGGCCAGCCUUGGUUCCACAGCAGUGCUUCGAUGGGCCCUCUCCUGCCUGGCUACCCUCCUACGCAAGCAAGACCUGACAACCUGGAGCUACCCUGUCACUCUACAGGUUUUUCAUGGGCUGCUGAGCUUUGUCGUUCAUGCCAAACCCAAGGUCCGGAAGGCAGCCCAGCAUGGAGUGUGCUCAGUCAUCAAGGGCAGCGAGUUCCUCUUUGGAGAUAAGGCCCCCACACAUCACCCAGCUGCCCUCUCCACCGCCAAAUUCUGUAUCCAGGAGAUUGAGAAGUCUGGAGGCUCCAAAGAGGCCACCACAACCCUGCACGUGCUCACGCUGCUAACUGAGCUAUUGUCAAGUUUCCCAGUGGGCACGGUGAAGAGCUGCUGUGAGACGCUGCUAAGGGUCAUGACUCUUGGCCACGUGUUGGUGACUGCCUGUGCCAUGCAAGCUUUUCAUGGUUUCUUCCACUCCAAACCCAAUCCUGGUACCCUUUCUGCGGAGCUCAAUGCCCAGAUUAUCACGGCCCUGUAUGACUACCUUCCCAGUGAGAAUGAUUUACAACCCCUGCUUGCCUGGCUUACAGUUAUGGAGAAAGCCCAUACUAAUCUGGUCAGGUUGCAGCGGGACCUUGGUCUGGGGCAUUUACCUCGAUUUUUUGGGGCUGCAAUGAACUGCCUUCUUUCACCCCAUGCAGCAGUGGCAGCAGCUGCCACCCAGAGCCUCAAGGUGAUUCUCACAGAAUGCAUUGCUCCCCAUAUGACUGAUAUUGGCCCAGUGUCCUCUUCUGCCUCUGGGCCUCCGCUGUACAUUGCCAAGAUGUUCAGGACUGUGGAAGAAGGCCUGACGUAUAAGUUCCACUCAGUGUGGGACUUGGUGUUGCAGCUGCUACGUGGCUUCUUUGAGGCCUGUGGGAAGCAGGCUCACCUCAUAAUGAGGAAAUGCCUUCAGUCCCUCUGUGACUUGCGUCUGUCCCCCCACUUCCCUCACACACUUGCUCUGGACCAGGCUGUGGGAGCAGCAGUGACCAGCAUGGGCCCCGAGGUGGUGCUUCAGGCUGUGCCUUUGGAGAUCGAUGGCUUUGAAGAAAAUUUGGAUUUCCCUCGGAGCUGGCUCCUGCCUGUCAUUCGUGAUCAUGUUCAAAACACACGGCUUGGCUUCUUUACAAGCUACUUCUUGCCCCUGGCAACCACACUGAAGAACAGAGCUACAGAGCUGGCCCAGGAGGGGAGCACUAUGGAGUCCAAAAUCUAUGACACUCUUCAGUGGCAGAUAUGGACCCUGCUGCCUGGAUUCUGUACCAAGCCCACUGAUGUGGCUGCCUCCUUUAAAGGGAUUGCCAGAACUCUGGGCACAGCCAUCAGCGAGCGUCCAGACCUGCGGCUCACUGUGUGCCAAGCACUGCGUACACUGAUCACCAAGGGCUGUGAGACGGAAGCAGACCGUGCUGAAGUGAGCCGCUUUGCCAAGAACUUUCUGCCAAUACUGUUCAAUGUGUAUGGGCAGCCUCUGGCAUCUGGAGAAACUACUGCACCCCGGCGAGCCGUGCUGGACACCAUCAAAACUUACCUUACUAUCACAGAGCCAGAGUUGGUGAAUGGGUUCCUGGAGAAAGCCAGUGAGAAAGUGCUUGACCCAUCCAGUUCUGACUUCACCAGACACUCUAUCCUGGACUUGAUUGUGGCCUUGGCACCCCAUGCUGAUGAAACCUCUAUUAGCAAGCUGUACAGUACAAUCCGCCCCUAUCUAGAGAGUAAGGAGCACACAAUGCAGAAAAAGGCCUACAGGGUGCUGGAGGAGGUGUGUGCCAGCCAGGAGGGUCCUGGAGAACGCUUUGUUCAGAGCCACUUGGGAGACCUGAAGAAAACCCUUCUGGACUCCCUUCGAAGCACUGCCUCCCCAGCCAAAAGGCCCCGUUUGAAGUGCCUGAUUAACAUCAUAAAGAAGCUGACCUCAGAACAUGAAGAGUUUAUCACUGCCCUGGUUCCUGAGGUGAUUCUCUGCACCAAGGAGGUGUCGGUGGGAGCUCGGAAGAAUGCCUUUGUGCUGCUGCUGGAGAUGGGGCGCGCUUUCCUGCGAUUUGACUCUAACCAAGAAGCUGCCUUGCAGAGAUACCUGCUCCUGAUCUACCCUGGUCUCGCGGGCUCCGUCACCAUGAUCAGCUGCAGCGUCCUGGCCCUCACUCACCUGCUCUUUGAGUUUAAAGGUCUCAUGGGCACAGACGCCAUAGAGCAGCUCCUGAGAAACGUGUGCCUGCUUCUGGCCUCCCGCACCCGCGACGUGGUCAAGUCUGCCCUGGGCUUCAUCAAGGUGGUGCUGCUGGUCAUGGACGUGACCCAUGUGGCCAAACACUUGCAGCUGAUGAUGGAGGCCAUCGGGAACCUGGCGGAUGACAUGCGCCGCCAUUUCCGGAUGAAGCUCAGGAACCUGUUCACUAAGUUCAUCCGCAAGUUCGGAUUCGAGCUGGUGAAGGGGCUGCUCCCCGAGGACUACCACAGGGUCUUGGUGAACAUCCGCAAAGCCGAGGCCCGCUCCAAGAAGCAGCGGGCCUUACAGGAGGCGGUGUCUGUGGACGAGGACGACGAACCUCCUCAGGCCAGAGGGGACAGCAUCGAAGAGAUUUUGGCUGACUCGGACGAGGACGAGGAGUCCGAGAAGCCUGGGGCCAGGGGCCAGAGGAAGCUGGCUCGGCAGAGGAGCAGUGCGUGGCUGAAGGAGGGUGGCGAGGAUGAGCCUCUCAACUUCCUGGAUCCCCAGGUGUCCCAGCGAGUCCUCGCUACUCAGCCUGGAGCAAAUGCAAAGAGGAAGAAGGACCAUGACUUCAAGCUCAGUGCAGACGGGCGUCUGAUCAUCCGCGAAGAGGGGGAGCAGGAGGAGGAGGAGGCUGCCACUAAAGAGGUGGAUGAAGAGAUGACUGACCUCAAGCAAGAAGUACGCGUCCUGAGUAGAAAAGCCCGAAAGCUCAAGCUUUGGCAGGACCAGGACGAUGAUGAAGCGGAGCCCCCACCCCAGUACCGAGCCGGAGGUUCUGGAAUCCACCGCCCGCUAGCCAGCAAGCCUGGGGCCGACUACAGGGCCAAGAAAGGAAGAGGUGAUGUGAAGAAGAAGGGUCGCCCCGACCCCUACGCCUACAUCCCCCUUAACAAAGCCAAGCUCAAUCACAGGAAAAAGGCAAAGAUGCAGGGACAGUUUAAGGGCCUGGUGAAAGCUGCCCAGCGCGGGGCCCAGGCUGGCCACAAGAACCGAAGGAAGAAGCCUCGGGUCUAAGGCCUGGGGCCGUGGGGGUCACCGUCCGAGUCCUGGUGAAGCUCCUGCUCUGUCCCGUGCCCACCGUGGAGGCCACAACUCUGAAAGCGUCCUGGGACCGGGAACUCUAGUGACCCGAUGGGCCUGGAGGCUGGUGGCCAGAGACUCACCAAGGCCUGGGCUGAGCCGGGACCUGGAGGACCCCCCGGAGGAAUCCUCCUCACUCAGCGGCUGGGACAGGCGGCUCUAGAGAGCAGCUACUGGGAUUCCACAGUCCUGGCUGCCAAGUUCUCGGGGACGCUGUUUUCUGGGACAGAGAGAGAGUGUGUGUGGCUUGCUGAAUCCCCUUAAUAAGCAUCACUUUUGCUACUCUUACUUUUAAUGACAGACUUGUUAGUAUUUAUUUCGGCCCAGCAGAUAGGCCCCAACAAGUAGUGCUUCCCCUAUGAGAGGACAAUUACACAAAGGCCAUGUGAAAGAGGGAUUAAAGAGGAAAGAAGAGAAAUUCCAUUUAACAUAAGACACACGAACCUUGUGGGGUCCACAAGGAGGCAGAUUUUGGACACAAUGAAGAAACAAAAGAAGUGGAUAACUGGAGAGAUGGCUGGAUAGUUUGGGUUGUCCGGUCUUCCCGGAGAAAUCAUUUGUAGAAUUAAAACUUUUAAAUCCCUUUGUAAA